AUGGAAUUAUCCUUAUCUGGUUUUAGAUCAGUACUUUUCAAUGAAUUUAUUAUUAAUAAUAUAAUCUCGAUAUCUAUACCACAGGUUUAUACCAAUAAACAUAAUUUAUUUUUUACAGAUCAUGAGCAUCCACAAUAUCAUUAUUUUGGUUGUCUCUACGAAAUUGACCCUCAAUCGAAGAUGGGAUCAGUUUUUAUACCUUAUCGUAUUCGCUCAUUAUCAUUAUCACCACCUAUUACAACCUGCCAAAAUAAUGGGCAAAAAUAUACAUUUGAACAAUCGAAACUCAAUAACAUAACAUGUAACAAUUUAUAUGAAUGGAAUGUACCAAUUGAUAUUAUUGAUGAGUAUGGAAAAUAUUUAAAUUAUAAUUCCACAUCAUCAUUAAGUUAUUGCAAUUGUACACGAGAAUGGUUUGGACAAUUUUGUCAAUAUUCCUUCCAAGAUGAUUGGGAUGAGCCCUUUACGGAUAUUAUUGACCGUCGUUUUUUCGAACGAUAUAAUAUUGAGAACGAUGUUCCAAUUCAUAAAGAUCUAACGUGUUAUAUGGGAUUAAAAUGUGUCGGACAAAGAUUAUGUCUUGAUUGGAGGCAAAUAUGUAAUAGUAUUGUUGAUUGUGAUAACGGUGAAGAUGAACUUGAUUGUUUACAAUUAGAAAUAAAUGAAUGUGAUAAUAAAACAGAAUAUCGUUGUAAAUCAGGUAUGUGUAUUGAGAAAACAUUUGCAUUUGAUUUGAAAAAAGAUUGUCAAGAUGACAGUGAUGAAGAAAUAAAAGAGUCUUAUGACAACUGUCACUCUGGUACAUCAGUUGACUGUGAAGAACGUAAUUGUGCAUGGAUGUCUAAUUCAUGCGGAGAUGGUACAUGCAAUGAAGAAUGUGAGAAUAGACGUGACACAUAUUACGAAGAAAGUUUAUUUAAUUCAAAUAAAAAUUUAAGUGACGAAGAUAAUCACACAAUAUUCUGUCGUAGUUGCCUUAUAUAUCAAUUUGAUAAGAGAAAACCAAUUUCCAGUUCCGGUAACACUAAGUGUCAUAAACAAUGUAAUUUAUGCGAGAAUAUCUUUUUGUAUCCAGCACCAUUUAUGCAUCCAUCUGUAAAUUUUCUAUAUAAGUCAACAGAAGAUCAAUUUCCAUCCUAUUUAUGUUACAAUGUAAGCCAAUGUCAAAUAUUUUCAUCAUUUAAAAUAUCUUUUCAUAAUAAUCGGACUUGUCAACAAAUAAGUCAUUUUUUUUGA